GCCGGCUCUCGAAAACCCUCCACCCCCCGGAGCUGAAUGUUCACGUGGUUUCGUCUUCUGUCCCCCAUCUCCCAUCAAGUCCUCGACGAGGAAAUAUCAACGCCCUCGCACUCCAAGUCGACAGAAAUAACUAUUCUCCUUGCUGGUACGAUCUUGUUGAUUUCCAUCUCCUUCGUUGUAUAUCGACUUUCUGCGUCGACUGUGGAUCCGAGACUGACUAUUCGCAGUCUCUCGUCACGGUCACGUUUUCGGGCACGUUCUCCCAACCUUCAUCAGGUGACCUCGACUUAGAACCUGGCAAACCCGACCGGUAAGGAGGCAUUUCAUCUCUUCAAGGGACAAUCCGACAUCAAGAAUACCAAAACAACUCGCCUUUGCUCGAGACCCUCCUGCCACUGCCGCAGCACCUGCCCGCAACCCCUUACAAUUUGCAGCAUGCGCAAACGCUGGCGCAAUGGCCAUCUCUCCUUGUUCCUAUCCAACAGUCAAGUGGCUGGACAAGGCAGGCUCCAGUAUCUACCUGCGCUGGGCAGCCCCUAGUUUCUGUAGACACCAAUAGCAUCCUCCAACGAUGAAGGGAGAGCCUUGCAUCAAGCUGCCUUUGGUAGCAAGGCCUCAAACCAGCUCUCGAGGUUGCGCACUUGCGCCAUCCGAGGAGGCUGGGUUCUUUCACUCAUAAGGCGACCCUCCAAGCAAGUGCUUGUUGCUUCGCUGAUACCCCCAACCAAGAACCACACCGACCAACUAUCUUGGGACUUCACCUAGCUCCCCUCAUCAGCCUAGCUUCUCUUCAUUGCCUCUUGCACAAUCAUAUUUGCCGAUGUGACUCCUCAACCUGAACCUGGUUUGGCCACUAAUAUGAUACCAGGACUAAGCCAUCCUGCAAGUUCCCGUUAUGGCCGCGACAGUAGGAAUCGAGCAGCAACACACUGAUCUCAGCGAGAUCACUACUUCUCCUGGUCACAAGCGGAAGCGGAAUACCGAGUCGAUAUCUCCAGACUCGCGCCGUAGCAAACGACCAGCACCGCCUGCCACCAUGAAUGUCACCGACUCGGAGGCCCAGGCCUUCCUCGAGAACACGGCGGUGAGCAUCGCCCAAGCCGCACACGACCAGGUCAAUGUGGAUGACUUCAGUGUGCUCGCUCAAGCGACUGCAGAUCAUGCCGAAGAGCCCGGCGAUGCCAACAAUGCUACUAGCACUGCUGCUGCCGCUCUGAACAUGUACCCUUCUCUGCAUGUUCCGCAACCCACGGAAGAAACCUUUGUCAACCAGCAGACUUCGGAACCUCAGCAUGACGAGAAUGCCUUCAACAUUUCCGGCCCCCACCCGGAUGGCCUUCCCGCUAUGCCACGCGCGGUAAACAUGCACCCACAGUUGCAGAACGGUGUCCAGCAGGUGCAGCAAGUUCAACAGGUUCCGCAGGAGCAGCGCUACACUCCUGCCUCCAACCCCAAGCCGGCCGUCGGAUCAGAAGAAUGGCACAAGAUGCGUAAGGACAAUCAUAAAGAAGUGGAACGUCGCCGUCGUGAGACGAUCAACGAGGGCAUCAACGAGCUGGCCAAGAUUGUGCCCGGAUGCGAAAAGAAUAAGGGCUCUAUCCUUCAACGGGCAGUCUCAUUCAUCACCCAGCUCAAAGAGAACGAAACUCAAAACAUUGAGAAAUGGACUCUGGAGAAGCUGCUCACAGAACAGGCCAUCGCCGAGCUCAGCCAGUCGAACGAUAAGCUCAAGUUUGAACUCGACCGCGCCCUUCGGGAACUGGAAUUAUGGAAGAGCGUAGCACAAAAUGCCGGUCUCAAGAUCCCACAGAAUGACGAACGCAACGCCAGCAGUUAG